AGUGGGUAUACAUUCUAGGAUUCUUCAGUAUCAAUUAAGUACGGUAAAAAACGCCGGCCACGUCAUUUCGCCAUAGCCGAGACCGUGUUAUCUCGUCGUGUAUUGCAUUUUCAGUACAUAUUAUAUUUCCUCUAUUAUUAUUAUUAUUAUUAUUAUUAUUACUCGUCGACAGUUUUAAAGAGGUUUGCUUCCGAUACAGUACGGGCGCACGUUAUUAUUACUAUCUCCGUUUGAUCGGAAAGUUAAUAUCUCAUUCGUUUCCCACCCCUUUCCGCAAUCGACCGUUUUUACACGUCCGAAAUUCGGGUUUUCUGAGAAGAAGCCGACCGUGCAUACUGCAGAGACGGCGUCUGACAUCACCCGGCCCGGUCCCACCUGCGACGAGGGGUAGUGAACACUACACGUACACACCUGUAACGAUUCGUCACCGUUCUAGUUUUUUGAGACGGUGACCACCGCCGUCAGCAAGUUACCAAGAUGAACAUAUUCAGACUUUGUGGUGAUCUGUCACAUCUGCUGGCCAUCCUGCUGUUGCUCGUCAAGAUAUGGAAGACCCGAUCUUGCGCCGGCAUUUCGGGAAAAUCUCAAAUACUCUUUGCAAUUGUUUAUACGACAAGAUACCUGGAUUUAUUCACUAGUUUUGUAUCUGUAUAUAACAGUUUUAUGAAAAUAGUGUUCCUAUCAGCAUCAUAUGGAACAUUAUAUUUAAUGUUCUUCAAAUUUAAGCCAACAUACGACCAUAACCACGAUAGCUUCAGAAUUUUGUACUUAAUUGUACCAUCGUUGGUGCUUUCAUUUGUCAUUGUUCAUGUUUACACUGUGAUGGAGAUUUUGUGGACGUACAGUAUCUAUUUGGAAGCAGUAGCAAUUAUGCCACAAUUAUUUAUGGUAUCUAGAACUGGUGAAGCUGAGACUAUUACUUCUCACUAUUUGUUUGCACUGGGUUCUUACAGAGCACUGUAUAUAUUGAAUUGGAUUUACCGUUAUUACACAGAAGAUUUUCUUGAUAUGAUUGUAAUUAUUGCUGGAAUUGUGCAAACCAUCUUAUAUUGUGACUUCUUUUAUCUCUAUAUAACCAAAGUUUUAAAAGGUAAACGACUGUCCUUACCUGUCUAAACACGGAAGGAAAACCUCAGACCAAAGUGUCAGUAUAAAACAGACUAUUUACACAUAAUUGUCAUGUCAUAUGAUUUUUUUUGUACAUAAAUAAAUAGCUUACAUUUGUUGUAAGAUGUUACAGUAGGUCAUUGGAUACCUUAUAAAUACGAGAAAUAUUUUAUUUUAGUUCUAAACUUAAAUUAUUUGGGAAAUUAUACCAACAUAUUAUCAAUUAUGAUAACAA